AGUACGAUGGGAGCGCAUCCUCAUUGAUCAAGCUAUGUAUUGAGUAUCUCAAGAGCAUCUCGUUGUACCCUUAGACCAUAGUCAGCUGUAUUUGUUGUAUUAACGAUAUGUACAUGUAUUUGGGUCGACAAACAUGGACAACCUUCUCCUAUCCACAAGUUCAAACUAAGGAUCGUUGAGACAAUGGAAGAUCCAAUGCCAAAGGCAGCGAAAAAGUAUUACGCCGUGAGAGUUGGUCGCGAAGGACCACGAAUAUACGACUCCUGGGCUGAGUGCAAUGCAAACGUUUCGCGUUGGCCUGGUGCCGUUCACAAGAGCUUCCGGUCUCACACUGCGGCUGAGGAGUGGCUUGCGUUAACUGGACCAACUUCUAGUAUGGAAUCGAUAUCAUCUAGUGGACCCAGCGUGUCAUGGACCUUUAAGCCGAGAGUGGCAAGAUCCAAUCAAGAAAAAGCAGAAAGACAACCACCAACCCUUGAAGGACGCGAUCAGACUCCCAUCGAGACACAUACACCUGGACCUUCAUCGGAGAGUAUCAUUCUUUCAGAGGAGCAAAAAAAUGUGCUUCGGAGGGUCGAGCGCGGCGAGAAUGUAUUUUUUACCGGGUCUGCGGGUGCGUAAUUCAAGCUGACCCCUGCAUCAUUGAUGACUCUGUCCAGGCACCGGUAAAUCUGUUCUUUUACGGGAAAUAAUUCGAGCGCGUGGUGGGCGAGGCCACUCAGGUCUCGCUAUAACGGCCUCAACGGGAAUAGCAUCAGUUAACAUCGGCGGAACUAC